GGCGCACGCUCCGUAGGCGGGAAGGGCGGAGCCGACGCUGUCAGUUGGUCCGAGAGCGGCGGCCUGAGGCUUCCUACCUAUCCCGCCUCCUCCCGGAGCCUCAGACGCGAGACCGUUCAUUAAAGAGUUUGCGUUCAGGAGCUGAAAGUCUGUUACCCAAGAUGAUGAAUGCUGACAUGGAUGCAGUUGAUGCUGAAAAUCAGGUGGAACUGGAAGAAAAGACUCGACUUAUUAAUCAAGUGUUGGAACUCCAGCACACACUUGAAGAUCUUUCUGCAAGAGUAGAUGCAGUUAAGGAAGAAAAUCUGAAGCUAAAAUCGGAAAAUCAAGUUCUUGGACAAUAUAUAGAAAACCUCAUGUCUGCUUCUAGUGUUUUCCAAACAACUGAUACGAAGAGCAAAAGGAAGUAAAGGGCUUACUCCCUCUCUUCCGUGGAUGGCUGCUCUUUCCUCCCCUAAGGCUUGGGUAUGAUCCAGAAGUUAGAGUGUCUUUGUUUGCUUCCCCGAGUAUUUAUAAAGAGAAUGUCAGAUCUAGGUAAUACUAAUGUUUAACAGGAGCAUCUCUGAGUUAACAUUAUAUGUAUAUGUUAGUCUAUGAAAAUGUGCACAUGUAGAGACUUUAUAUUAGAAUUACAGAUAUUUAUGAAACUUGAAGAUGAAUGUUUUGCCAAUUUGCUGAUAUAUAUAUAGGUUUAGCACUGUCUUUUAUCAUAAGUCUAACUAGUAAAAUAUACAAGAAAAUAACCAUGUUGUGAAAAAGUGACCAAAACCAUGUACUGAAUCACAGCUUCUGAACCCUGUGCACCGCCCUGUGCCUCUCCUCCACCUGCCUCGUCCUUCCCAUCCCCCUCCUGACAGUAACUUCAGUAGUCAUCUCCAACAGAGUGACCUGAACUGUAAUUGUUGACACUUAACCAAAAUAAGGGACUUCCUUAUCUAAGGCUUGCCAUCUGUGAUAUUAGUAAUAAGAUAGGAUUGCUGGUUUCUCUUUAACCAAUUGAAAGUAGAUUGAAGCUAUCACAAAUGAAGGGUUUUCUUAGAAAUGUAAACUGUCACACCAAGAAGCUAAAAACUCCCUAUUGCAUAAAAUAGUCCAUUUGAUGUUGAAAAGAUAGGAAUGCUGGUCAUAUGUGUGUGAGAAAUAAAAAAAAAAAAAAAGCAAAACAAAACAAAAAACCAAAAAACCCCCCAAAAACAAAACAAAACAAAAAAAAACAAACUUGAGGAAAGAUAGGAAUAGGAAGGAAAACAGGAUUAACAGAAAUAACCAACUCCCAAUGUUUUCCCUCUAAAUGUGUGUUACCUCUAGCCCACAGCUGCACUUUUGGGACAUAUAUGAAAAUAGAUUGAGUCUAAUGUAAGUGGAUUAAGAGAGACCAGUUAAGAGUUUGGUCUCAAGGUUUCUUUGUACCCAGGAAAUGAACUUUUGCAAAAUUAAUUGAGAGUAUAUUAGUAACAGAAUCAUGAAUAUGAAAGAGUUUUGUAUAUGUGAUAAUUAUUAAUCUUAGUAUUUUAUCUCAGUUAUUCCAGAAUUUCUAUAAACUCAACUUAGUUUGCAGAAUUUGUCAUUGUUUUAACAAAUUUUAAAAAUCUAGUUUACAGCUUCCAUUGAUAAGGAGCUGAUAUCAGAAAUAAUAGUAAGGUCUUAGGAAAGAUCCGCUAACGCAGCUGGAGGCUCUUACACGGGCUGCUUUGACUUGUGGGAUCAUCUAAUGUAUUAAUGGAAGCCUGGAUGAGUGACGUUAGCUGUAUGGAUAUGUAAUGCAAUCCUCACAUUGCACACAUUUUGCAACCCUUUUGUGAUCUUGUUACAAAUAUUUAAAAUUGUGCCCAAGUUCUGCUUUGCUGUUUAAUAAAAAGUUGUUUCAGA